UGCAUAUGACAGUAAUCAGCAACUUCUGUACUAAUUUGGUUUAUGGUGACAUAAACUGUAAUUUCUGAUCAUGCAACAACUUCACAUAUUUUGAUAACACGGCUUUUGUCUGGAAACAUGCAGAAUGGUUAAAUUCAUUUUUAAAUAUUAGGAGACUAAGACAUUUGGUUCAUUUUUCUUUAAUUCUACUGUUGUAGAUGGAUCAGCCUAGCUAAUUUCUUCAUUAAGGGUGUGUUUGGUUGCACCAAAUAUCACGAACUUUCAUGACUAAUCAGUCUAUUUUGUGCAAUUUUUCAUGAUAUUUGGGGCAACCAAACACAGCCUAAACCAUCUGAUAUAUUCCAACUUCCAAACAAUUUCAUUAGGAAAAUACCUAAAAUAGUGCAGCAGGCCCAUCUGAAUAAUAGAUUACUACUGUAUGGAAACCCAUUUGCAUGAGGUCCCAAAAGCUGUUUGAAAACCUUGCUGCAGCUGGCCACAUAUAAAUAAUACUGAUCUUAUACGAAAGGUUACAGCUGCAAAAAAAUAUAUAGAUAAAUCAACACAAAGAUAAUAUUCCGAUUUUUCUAUUUUAAUUAUCUUCUAACAGACUGUCAAUUAAUUAAUGAAAAUAGUUUUCUUGUUGAAUGCUUCCAUUCAUCUUUCACAAAAAAAUUAUAAGGCAAAUAUGAGGAUCUAACAGGUGGGACCCACUGUUUGGUUAUCCAAAUUGGUUGAUCUGAUGGGUCACACGGGUGAAUUUAGGAAGCUCCAUUGAAUAUGAACAGUCUAUUUGUUGGCUAACAGUACAAGUGUUAGGAUUGUCCAAUCAGGGUAGAUGAAUUAAUCCCUUUAUCUCAUAGCCCACGCCCCACAUCGCAUGGGUUAGGACCUCAGCCGAACCCCCCUUGUGGGCCCAAAUCACAUGGGUACUGCUUCACACGAGCCACCCGCCUCAAAUGGGUGGGGCCCGCCACACAUGGGCCGCCCACCCCAAGUGUGCCCCAGCAUCCCACUGGCAACCCCACUCGAGCCCGGUGUGAAAAUGCCCCCGCAUUAACCAUAUUCCACGAUGGGAUGAUCAGUGCUAUCUUUUGCCGGUUCCCGCUUCUGAAGCACACAUGAUUUCCAUUUCUGCACCACCCCAAACUCCAAACCCACCUUAUGAUGUAUUUAAUCAGGUUGUUGUAAUUUUCUCCUCACAUUUCACGUGUUUCUCUUUUCUUCUUCUUUUUUCUUUUUCUUUUUCCCCGAGUACUUGAAUUUUUUAUUUUUUAUUUUUUAAAAAAAAGUGGGUGUCCCCUAACUUGCAUUUCUAAGGACACUAGACUCAACAGAGGCACCUGAUCUUGGCCAUUGAAUUUUUGGGGCUGUUCCUGUCAACUGGUCAGAUCAAAAGCCUAUGCAGACAUGCAGGCCAGAACUUUAUUUAAAAGACAUGAAGUGGAUGUUAAGAUUCUUCUGUCACCAGAAGACAAAUACGAAAAUUCAUCUUAAAAUAUUAAAACUUGUACGAGUCAACAAUCAGUGUUUUAAAGCCUCUUGUUUUACUAAAAUAGUUGGGAGUUUUAUCAAUUAAAACAACUGAAAUUAGGUGAAUCUUUGGUCCCUUAUUGCAGUCAUUCAGGUAGAAAGACACUUAGAUUACUCCAUUUGGUCAAUGGUCCAUUUCUUGCAUCUGAUUUUAAUUCCAACAUUCUUUCCCACCUUCUCAGAUCAGACACCAAUCAUCUUCGACACCAUCCUCAAGUUCUCAAGUUUUUCAUCCACCCAUCAAUCAUUUCUUCAAGAAAACCAUCACCAUGAAUCGGCUUCUCCUGAAUUUCUCCAUUCUCUUUUGCUUCUCCGUUACAAAUCUCAAUGCCCAACAAAGAUAUUCAGGAGAUUCAGCGAAAGAUUGCGAUGGCCUAUACAAAACUGACCUUUCUCCAGCUUUUCUUUACAUCUACAAUGGCCAAAGCCCAUCUUGCCGAGCUUUUCUGAUCUUCAAAUCUCAACCCCCUUACAAUUCAGUACAUACCAUCUCGGAUCUUAUGUCUUCAGACCCGUUGGAGCUUGCACAUAUCAACAAUGUCUCAGCAUCCACAACGUUCCCCACAAACAAAGAGGUGAUCGUUCCCAUAAACUGCUCUUGUUCAGGUCAGUUCUAUCAGGCCAAUUCGUCUUACAUUAUUCAAAAUGACAGCGAUACGUAUUUUACGAUAGCAAAGGACACGUACCAAGGGCUGUCUACAUGCAGUUCUCUUGUGGAUGAAAAUAGUUUCAGUGCUUCGAAACUGAAGAGCGGUUUAAAUUUGACCGUUCCUCUUAGAUGCGCUUGUCCCACGAGUAAUCAAACUGAGGAAGGGAUCAAAUAUCUGUUAACUUACCCAGUAUAUUGGGAAGAUAGUGUUCCUGAUGUUAGCAAGAGAUUUAAUGUCAGCCAAAACAGAACACUCGAUGCAAACGGGUUUUCCAAACAAGAUCCUGUUCUUGUUCCUUUCACAACCAUUUUGAUUCCUUUGCCAAUUGAGCCUUUAAGCUCCCAGACCAUAAUUCAUUUGCCACCGCAUGUUCCUACUUUUGUGAAUAAAAGGCCAAAGAAACAACCUCGUGUGGUAAUUGGACUUGCGGCCGGCGGUUCUCUUCUAGUCAUCUUUGUGGUUCUUAUCAUUGCUUACUUCUACAAGAAGCUGGAUAGAAGCAAGCAUCAAAAGGAUCAUAGAAAGGGAAAGAAGCAAUAUGUUUUGCCGGAAGUUCUUCUUGCUGGUUUGUCGGACGUGGAUCGAACUUUGAAAUUUUUUACAUUUGAGGAAUUGCAAGCUGCAACAAAUAAUUUCAGCUCCGAGUGCAGGAUCAUGGGGUCCAUUUACCGUGGGGUGGUUGACGGGAGAGCAUUAGCCAUUAAGAAGAUGAGUACGGAUGUAUCCAAGGAGGCCAAUUUACUGCACAAAAUCAACCAUUUCAAUCUGAUAAGGCUUCAUGGGAUCUGCGUGGGCGGCGAAAACUGCUACCUUGUCAAUGAGUAUAUGGAGAACGGCUGUCUAAAAGAUUGGCUCUGUACUAAGAACCGCUCGAGCGUUCUUAGCUGGACUCAGAGGGUUCAGAUUGCUCUGGAUGUUGCUAAUGGGCUCCACUAUCUCCACAACUUCACAGAACCUGCUUAUGUGCACAAGGACAUCAAGACCAGCAACAUUCUUUUGAAUGGCGAUCUAAGGGCUAAGAUUGCGAAUUUUGCUCUGGCCACAUCUUCAGAGGGGAAGGAAGGUCUGUUUGCAAUGACGAGGCAUGUUGUAGGGACAGUAGGUUACAUGGCGCCCGAGUACUUUGCAACCGGAUUGGUGACACCGAAACUCGAUGUAUAUGCCUUUGGAGUGGUCAUGUUGGAGCUGAUUACAGGGAAAACUGCUAUUAUCGAGCAUGAUGGGGGAGAAAUGCUUCUCUCGAUGGCGAUCAUCUCUAUAGUGGAAGGAGGAGAUGUCAAUGUCAAGCUCUGCGAGUUCAUGGAUUCCAAUCUGUGUGGUAGCUAUCGGACUGAUCUAGCACUAGGUGUAACCAAACUAAGUGCUGCCUGUUUGAGACAAGAUCCAACAAGCAGACCAAGCAUGGAUGAUGUGGUUUCGAUUCUGUCGAUAAUUCAAUCCAAUUCUCAGCAUUGGGAAUCCUCGAAUGUUGAGCUGGCAUUUAAAUGAUUUCUGGUCCAUCCGCAGUUGAAACUACUGAAGGCGCAAGGUAAGACAUGAUUUGUGAUUUUACGAGGCCGGAAGUUCUUGUACAAGUUCUGCUUCUCUAUUAUUGUCAGAUCCGAAAUGUGAAUUACAUAAACGGAAUUUUAGAGUGUAAUCCAAGUUCAUGUAAUUAUAAUUUGUAAAUGCAUUGAAAAUGUAUACUUAGGGACACUGACUUGUGGUGCUUUGAACUUCUAGCAUGCACAGUUGCCUCUGAACUUGAAGAAACCAAGGAUGAAUAGUUCAUGCUAGGAAUGUUGUAUUUCAGAAAGAAUAUGGGGUGAGCUGAGGCAAACGGCCUAUCAUUGAUAUCUUAGUGCCUGUUUAGGUGCCCCUUAAAAAUGGGUUCUACUCA